GACCCGGGGCAAGGCUGCGGCCACCAAGCAGGCCCAGCGAGGCUCUUCCAACGUCUUUUCCAUGUUUGAGCAAGCCCAGAUCCAGGAGUUCAAGGAAGUCAGUGGUCCUGGCCCCUGUCCUUGCUCCUCCCACCACCCAGGAUGCCCCCACCUCCUGCCUCCCCCGGGUGGGGACUGCUCCCAUCUGGAGACUGUGGCCCGCACCUCACAGGCCUUCAGCUGCAUCGACCAGAAUCGUGACGGCAUCAUCUGCAAGUCAGACCUUCGAGAGACCUACUCCCAGCUGGGGAAGGUGAAUGUUCCAGAAGAGGAGCUGGAUGCCAUGCUGCAGGAGGGGAAGGGGCCCAUCAACUUCACCGUCUUCCUCACACUAUUUGGAGAGAAGCUCAACGGGACAGACCCCGAGGAAGCCAUCCUGAGCGCCUUCCGCCUGUUUGAUCCCAGUGGCAAGGGCGUGGUAAACAGGGACGAGUUCAAGCAGCUUCUCCUGACCCAGGCAGACAAGUUCUCUCUGGCCGAGGUGGAGCAGAUGUUCGCCCUGACGCCUAUGGACCUGGCUGGGAACAUCGACUACAAGUCCCUGUGCUACAUCAUCACCCAUGGGGACGAGAAGGAGGAGUGA